AGAAACGGUUAUCUCCCUAAGAGACAGAAUAAAAGAGACAGGCACUUCGAGGGGGACUGGUCUCCAACUGCGUUAAAGUGCCUUCUUGCGACCUGCUACAAUUGUUACUGGUUUCUCUGCAACCACUUUGGACACCAUGGGCUGUGCAGUGGUCCUCUUGCUCCUGUCUUGCCUCUAUUGUAACCUCAGUGCAUUGGUGCUGGACUCAAACAACAUCAGGAGCUCCACCGAGGUUGGUCAGGGUCCGACAAAGCAGGUGUCUCGGUGCUUGGCAGAUCCUGACUGUGGCCCUGGGAGCUUUUGCCUCACUUCCCAUCAUGACCAACCCAUCUGCUCUGCUUGCAGGGGGCUAAGGAGACAGUGCCAACGUGAUGAAAUGUGCUGCUCUGGGAGCCACUGUUUAAAUGAUGUAUGCACACGAACAGAAGGGCAGAUUGCAGAAAAGCCAUCUGAGGCUACACAACCUGAGAAAACAAAAGGUGGCAAAAAGGCAAAGAAACCCAAGACUCAAAAAAUAAAGGAGACUCGACGGAAAAAUCAAAAAGAAAAGCUCGACAAACCACAAAUAAGGAAAGGGUUAGAAGGAGAGACAUGCUUGCGAACCUCAGACUGCUCUGCUGGACUGUGCUGUGCUCGUCACUUCUGGUCAAAGAUUUGUCGACCUGUACUGAAAGAGGGGCAAGUCUGCUCAAAGCGUGGUCGCAAAGAAGGCCCACAAGGACCGGAGAUCUUCCAACGAUGCGACUGUGGCCCAGGUUUAGCUUGUCGCAAUCAAAACCAAGGCACAUCUCAAUCUAACUCCCGGCUACGAGUCUGCCAACGUGUCUAGAAAGACACAGAGAGAGAGAGAGAGACCCCAGCUCGCACAAAUUAACAGCAUCAGCUAUUGCACCAGUAAAGUAAAAUUGAAUCAUCAAAGCAGAAAAUGUGGAAACCUGAGCAUCAAAAUGGGUGCAAAAAAGUGUUAAACAAGUUUUGUGAGGUGAAGCACUUGAAGUGUAGGGUGGUGAGUGUGAUGGAAGAAAUGUUAGUUGGAUGUGUUCAAUUGUAUUAUUAGAUGCAAACAUUUGAUGGCCAAAAGUGAUCCCCCAUUUUCAAAGACAAGUAACAGAGAACAAAUAUGGCAGAGCAAACCGAUGCAGUGUUUCAGUCAAGUCUAUUAAAGCUGAAUAUUACGAUUAUUUGAAUUAAGAAAAAUGUCCGACUGUACAGUCCAACGUUAUGAUCUUCCAAACUUGACUUGUCCCUUCUAUCAUGACAUAAGGCUAAACUGUGAAUGGGCAGCAAACGUGGGAAGGGCAGAAGCAGAGAAUGGCUUUUAAUAACUUUGACACACUAAGUGUUUGAACAGCAAUGAAUGUUGAAAAUAUUCAAGUAUGUCAGUACCUGAACUGGAAAAAGCUGAGUCCAUGUUUCAGGUGCAAUUAUAUCAGAACUGGUGAAGGUCUACAACACCCUUCAUUUUCAGAUCUUGACUAGCCUAUAUUUCAUAUCUGCACCAUCAUCUGCCCUUAAUUUUCUGCCUCCUAUAAGGAUGUUUUUCUUCAAUCUGACAGCUUAGUGAUUCCUUUGCAUGGAGAAAACAAAUGGUUAAUGCUGUGCAUACCCAGAUAUCAUCAAUUAAGAGAGAGUAAGCUGUUAUUUUUGUCAGCUUACCCUGCAGAUAAGAAAAUAAAUUUAUUUUAGGAUUUUUUGGAAAACAUUUUACAAUUGGGAAAGCAGUGAAAUUGUACAUUGCGCAGAGGUCUGAAAGUUACUCUGACCUUUUUUUUGGUUCAUUCUCUGUUGAAGCACUCCACUAUCAUUCUCUUUGUUUACCAUUCACUUCACGUUAGUUUUGUUAUGAUAUCAAGGUUACACGUUUGAAGGAAAUACUUAAAGAUCGAAUUGUUUAAGUUUGUAUGAUUAACUUGUUGAAACUCCAUUAACAAUCCUUCACUGACAUCACAACAAAAAUAAUUAGGAUCAACCCAGCAAAAAAGCUUCUCUUCUUCACACUCUAGUCUGUUGUCCAUAUUCCAAACUUUAAAUCUUGUAACCUUGUACUGCUUCAUUCUGCACCCCGAGCUAAUGAAAUGUCCUCCUCCUAAGCCUCUUUGAGGUUGUAGCGCUUAAGAGGUUUUCAAGUCAGGAAAAGUCUUUCUGCUUCAUGCUCCUCGAGUUGUACCGUACAUAUUCCCCACUGGGCAGCCAGCUUGAGAGGUUCUGCCAGCUAGCUUUUUGUCUCUCCAUGUCUUGUAUUUGGAAAUCCAUUCCCUCCACACUGCCAAUAUCUUCAUGUGGCAAACACAUUUCUGCACCCAUUUGCUCCAUCAUAUCAUGUACAUUUUUUUUUAGAGUAAUCUACUUUUCAUGCAAAGUUCAGUGUUAGAUGUGUCUUUCAAUAUAGCCACACCCUGAGCAGCAAUAACGAAAGCUCCACAGACAAAAUACCUUGGUAUGAUUGUUUGAUGAGAUAGAUGCAAAGAUCAGAGUCUGUAUUGUUAACAGCCUAUAUGCUGUCUAAAAUUGAAAAAUCAGUAGGUUGCUUCCUUAGUUGGAUUGACUCACCACUAUCAAAUAUAAUCCAAUAUUCUAUUAAUUGUAAAACAAUGCAAUUAACAUGUCAUGUAUGUUUGAAAAUGCUUACAACAUAUAUUGUAUAGUCGGCACACAGAAAGGAUCUGAAAUACAACAGGACAUGUGUAUUGUUCAGAAAAGCCAUUUUGCACCAUCAGGCCAAGUUGACAUUUUAUCUUCCACCCAAGCAAACAGAACUAGAUGGGAGUCCUGGACUCUGGGGAAAAUCAGCAGCCACUAAGCGAUGCUAGGUUCUGCACAGAGACUGGAGACAGUAAAAAUUCCAACAAAUGCCUACAAAAUAACUUUUCCCAUCUUAAAUACCAAAGCCAUGACAUGUUAGGCAGGACCUCGCCAUCAUCAUUCACCAAGUCUUUUCCAAAGUUUUAACCUUGCCAAAGUCAAAACUCUGCAUCUCAGGUGAGCACCAAUAUAAUUCGACCAAAAUUCCAAGGCAGUCUUGGAGCAAUUUCCUGCAGUGAAGGGCAGUCUUUGUAUUAUAUUAAACAAUCAUUUCUGAAACAUUUCAGAAUGUUUGGAUGUACAAUCUUCCGUAUAUCUUAGAAAUGAGAUAAACUCUGUAAAAGCUUCUCAUGAUACGAGCAAAUUGCAGGAUGUUGAAUCAGUUUGGCAAAUUCUGCAGAAAUAUUCACAAAUAACUACUUAAACCAGAACAACUAUUAGCUAACCAACAGUUUAGUAGUUUACUUGAGUUCUCCACCCAUACUCUAAAGCUGCCAACUAUUCAUGUCAGUCUUCAUGAAAUUUGAGAACUAUCUCCUGCCACAGAGCUCAUAGAGACUUUUACUGUUUACCAUCACUAUGGUCAGUUUAUGGUAGAUAGAAACAUUCACAGUUUGUAUAGAGACUUGGCAAUCCUGACUUUAGCUGGUUUCAAGAUCAAGCUGUCCUUCAGCUUCAAAUCCCAGUGACAUAGCUGAUGAUAUUCCAAACCCAAAAAAAAAUUUACUGUCGUUGAAAGUGCUCUCAUUUUAUUCAAAGUGCUUGUUCUUAUUUAUUUAUUGCUAAUCAUAUUAUAAAUCUAAGAUCAGCUGUGUUAGGAUCAUUUUUCAUUCUGAUAACAGAACAGUAACUUACCUAUUUAUUCUUUCUUUACUUACUCCGACACUGAUAACUUAAUUAUCAAUUCUGUGUGCUGACUGCAUUGCAACAGCAAAAUGCAUACAAAAAAAUCAAAACUUAGUGUAUAUUCUGAAAUUAAGUCUGCAAUUCUGCUCGAAAAAUAUCAGACAGCAAUUUUUUCUUCAAAUCUGAACUACUUAAUCUUUUGCUCAUUGCAGUGAAUGUUUGCUGUAUUUUAAGGAACAGAUUAAGUAAUUUAUCUUAGAGACAGCACAGUGCACUAAAACAGAUGCCACACUUGUCAAGUGAAUUGCACAGCAUUUGUACCAACAGUUUAGAAGCUGUGUCCCAGGACCUGUUGCAGAGAACUUGUAGCAUUCACAACUUGUGCAAAUUUAUUGCUAGAGAAAACCUAAUGGGAGUGUAGUGUUACCCUCUGUUCAUGAGCAUGCCAUAAAUGUAAAAGCUGUGAAUUACAUACACAGCCACUGAAGUUAAUGUUUAUGAAGCUUUUACCAAAUUUAUAUUGAACAUUACAUGAGGUUGCCAAAAUGUAGGCCACUCAGAUUUGUACAGUUUUUUGUUUGCUUUCCAAGCCGUUCGCGAAUACUAUACUUUGGAACGAGAGGGUAUCAUGUUUGGAAAGUAUCACUACAAUUAGAUUAGCGUUCAAGAAGGUCCAAUAGUGAAAGUUGCUGUGGCUUGUGUUCUUUAAGAUCAUAUAUGAGCAGCCCAUUGGUUUCACUACUUUUACAAACAGUAUUGAAUA